AUAUUUUAUUCAUUACAUACAAGUUCCUUUUUUUGUGAAUGUUUGAAAUUAGCUUACAUUAAUACAUACAUACAACCACGUACGUUUUCAAGGGUUUGCGUUUUUUUUUUUUAUUUUGUCUAUAUCAAGUUCAAGGUGAUCGUAUCUCACAAUCGAUUAGAAUUUCAGUACAUAUUGAAAAUAAAACGCUUCCAGUUCACGCUCGUCGGUGAUAGUGUAUAUUACACCAGCGAUUACAUCCAAAUAACAAACCUUUUUUGUAGGUUAUGUUGAUUAGUUUUUAAAAAUGAGUGCAAAUGUUAAUGGUAGCAUAAAUGAUAAAUUCUCUUUCAGGAGAUUUCACAGAAUUUAAAGAAGUUGAGAUACCAGUUCCUUGGGGAUACAUUUGUGGAAAAUGGUGGGGCUCGAGAGACCUCCAGCCCAUCAUAGGUAUCCACGGUUGGCAGGACAAUUCCGGUACAUUCGAUAAAUUAGCACCGUACAUCACACAACAAGGACUUUCCUUCUUAUGUAUAGAUUUACCAGGUCAUGGUUUCUCAUCUCACAUCCCGAAAGGUCUCCAAUACAAUCUCUGGUAUGAUGGCGUCUACUACGUCAGAAGAAUAGUGAAACAUUUCGAUUGGAAGAAGAUUACUAUCAUAGGACAUUCACUAGGUGGCGGUAUAGCUUUCUUAUACGCCUCCAUUUUCCCCGACGAAGUUUCCAAGUACGUUAGCAUCGAUAUUUCAAGUCCCAGCGUUAGAAACCCUAAGAGGAUAUUAGAAUUUGCAGGAAUUCACAUCGAUAAACUGUUCGAAUAUGAGAAAAAAUCAUUAGAGCAUACUCCUUGUUAUUCAUACGAAAAUAUGUUGGAAAUGAUGCUGGACGCUCACGACGGUUCCGUAGAUAAAGAAGGUUGCGAAAUUUUACUUAAAAGAGGAACUAAACCUUCUACGGAUAAAGAGAACCUUUACGUAUUUACCAGAGACCCGAGAUUGAAAAUAGCAGUUUUAAGUUUUUUAAGUAUGGACAAAGUAUUAUAUUUCGCUUCAAGGAUAACUUGUGAAGUCCUAAAUAUUAGAGCUGAAGAUGGUAUCAAAUUGGAUCCCCCCGCAAAUUACGAUUUACCUUUAGAUACGAUAGAAUGUACUGCAAAGAGGCUGGAAAGGGUGGUCGUUAAAGGAACGCAUCACGUACAUUUGACCAAUGCCAAAGCUGUAGCUCCAAUUAUUAUAAAUUUUUUACUAUCCGACGCGGAUUAGGUCAAUUUUUAUUUUUUAAAUAGAAUGCAGUAUUUAAUAUUUUCGUUUUACAGCUUUAAAACUAAUUGUAAUUAAAAAAUGUUUUAAAAUAAA